AGGAGGUCCUUGUGUUAAAAGCGUCGCGCCAUUAGCUUAGCCCCAAAUUCGCACUUCCUAUUUCCGCAACGACAAAGAGCUCGGGAACUCCAAAUUUGCGCAGUUAUCUAUGGGCGAAGUCAUGGAGGCGCCUGUCGAAGGCCUAGAUCGCCGUCGUGAACGUAGUCCAGCCAAGUCUGCCGACGAGGACGAGCCUUCUCCACCACCACCACCUCCUCCUCCUCACCCACGACGAGGCCGUGACCGGGACUCCCGGGAACGGAGGGAUGAAAGGGACUUGGAUAGGCGAGGUGGCCGUGGUAGCAAGGACUUUGAUCGUAACCAGUCCCCGUCGCCUCCCCCGCUUCGGGAGCGUGACCACAAGCGGAGCCGCCCCAGCUCCAGCCCUCCUCCGCCUCCCUACCGCAAUCGUCGAGGUGGUCACUCUCCUCCCUCAAGACGCUCAUCGCCUCAUUAUUCCCACAAGCGAUCCCGGAGGGAUGAGUAUGAUGGCCGACGUGGAAGCCCUAGAGGAGGAUAUGGACCUGGUGAACGGAGGUUUAGUGGUGGGCUUGACAAUCCAUCUGGCCACGAGCGUGAAAAGGGGGGAAGGCAUAGAUAUCCAGAUGAGAGGCCUCAUGCUCGAUAUGGUGGGCGUUCUUCUGACUGGGAUUCUAGUCGGAGUGGAUAUGGAGAUGCUGUUGUAUCACGAGGUUCUCAAAGAGAAGGAUUGAAAUCAUAUAAACAGUUCAUUCAGGAACUUGAAGAUGAUAUCUUGCCAGCUGAAGCUGAGCGCAGGUAUCGAGAAUACAAGUCUGGAUAUAUUGAAGCGCAAAAAAGAGCCUAUUUUGAUGAACAUAAAGAUGAAGAAUGGUUAAAAGACAAGUACCACCCUACAAAUUUAGUUACUGCUAUAGAAAGGAGAAAUGAGCAUGCACAGAAAUUGGCAAAAGAAUUCCUUCUUGAUUUGCGAAGUGGAACAUUAGACUUAGGCCCUGGUGUUACUUCUACACGCUCAAACAAGACAGAACAGUCUAGCAACCCCAAUUCGGAUGAUGAAGCAGAUACUGAUGACAAAAGAAGACGGCAUGGCAGGGAGCUAUCCAAAGAUGUUAUGUUACUUUCACAAGCUCCAAAGGCUCACCCAGUCAGUUCUGAGCCCAGACGAAUUCUUAUUGACAUUGAACAAGCACAGACACUUGUGGGGAAGCUCGAUUCAGAAAAGGCAAUCGAAGAAAACAUAUUAUCCCGAUCUGAUAAUGAUAGAGGGAACAGGGACAAGAGCAAUGUGAGUUCUGGCCCAGUUGUUGUAGUAAGGGGGUUAACUUCAGUUAAAGGUCUUGAGGGAGCUGAGCUUCUAGAGACUCUUCUAACUUAUCUUUGGCGCAUUCAUGGUGUGGAUUACUAUGGUAUGUCUGAAACAAAUGAAGGCAAGGGCCUCAGACAUGUGAUAUUUGAUGGCACAACUUCUGAAAUGAGUAGUAAUGGGGCUGAUUGGGAGGCAAAACUAGAUUCAUAUUGGCAAGAGAGGCUGAAAGGUCAAGAUCCCUUGGAGGUCAGAACUGCCAAGGAUAAAAUUGAUACAGCUGCAGUUGAAGCCUUAGAUCCUUAUGUCCGCAAAAUUAGGGAUGAGAAGUAUGGGUGGAAGUAUGGUUGUGGUGCGAAGGGUUGUACAAAGCUCUUUCACGCUGCUGAGUUUGUUCAUAAACACUUAAAGUUGAAGCACACAGAGUUGGUGUUGGAGCUGACUUCUACAGUCCGUAAGGAUUUAUACUUCAAGAAUUACAUGAACGACGAAAAUGCACCUGGUGGAACGCCUGUUAUGCUGCCAUCUCAGCCGAAAGAAAAGUUGCAGAAGCAAAGGCCAAGUCUAGAAAGCCGACUGAAGGACAAUAGAGGUGACCGAAGAGAACGCAACGGUGUUCUAAAUGGCAGUGAAACACUUGAUAGGUCAGAGAACCCACUGUCGGAUAAAUUUUCUAAGGAUAAUGAUGGAGGCAAUCCUGAUGAGCAAAUGUUUGAUUCAUUUGGUGGACAUGGGAUACCUGUUGCUGCUUUCCAUUCAGAUAUAACCCCUCCCCCUGUGCUGAUGCCUGUACCUGGGGCUGGUCCCUUGGGGCCUUUUGUUCCUGCACCUCCUGAAAUUGCAAUGCAGAUGUUUCGAGAGCAAGGCGGUGGCCCUGCUCCAUUUGAAGGUGGUAGAAAUGGAAGGCAAGGGCUUCACAUGGGUGGAUCGGCCCCAAUCAUUGCUUUACCCCAUAGACUUCGGCAGGAUCCUAGGCGUUUACGAAGCUAUCAAGAUCUUGAUGCACCCGAGGAUGAAGUAACAGUGAUAGAUUAUCGGAGCUUGUAGAAUCAUAUGGCUUAUAGUAUGUUUUCUCUUGUAAUAACACUUUACCCUUGAAUUGUUUUAUUGAGGCAAUAUAGCCAAUUUUUAAAUAUUUUAUUGAUAACCUCGUUUGGUGCAGGCUACUUGUUUAUUUUUUAGUGUAGGUUAUAUAAUCAUAAUUGGGAUUAAGUACAUGAUUAUUUGAUUAUAUCCUUCUCAACCCCACUUUUGAUAUUUCACUAGACAUAACCGAGCACAUUUUUGUUAAUGU